UAUGUUAGCCACUUAGCCAUGGGAAGAACUCCAUGCUGUGAUAAAUCUAAAGUGAAAAGAGGACCAUGGUCUUCUGAAGAAGACGCCAUCCUCAAGAACUACCUCAACCAACACGGCGCCGCUGGCAAUUGGAUUACUCUCCCAGCCAAAGCAGGCUUGAAUCGUUGCGGUAAGAGUUGCCGUUUGAGAUGGCUGAACUAUCUUAAGCCAGACAUCAAGCGUGGUUGUUUCACUGAGGAGGAAGACAAUGUCAUCUGCACUCUCUAUAGAAGCAUUGGAAGCAGGUGGUCUGUCAUAGCUUCUCAACUGCCAGGACGAACAGAUAAUGACGUGAAAAACUAUUGGAACACAAAGCUGAAGAAAAAGAUGCCCGCGGUGGCUGCAAGAAACAACAUUGUGCCUACUAGAAAGACAUGCGAUCAUAUCAUUGCGCAGUUUUCGACUCCAGUUCCUUCCGAAAUCGAAACCCCUCAUGUCCCCGAGUCUGCUUCAUAUUGUUUAAGUGGCACAUUACCAGAUGCUGCUAACACCGGUUUUGAGCAUAGUUUUGAUGAUCAACUCAUGCAAACUUUGGAAACCUUGAGCAAUCAAUUUUCAGAUUCAAAGGCAAUGGCUCAGCUGGAUCAGUAUGAUUACUCCUUCUGGUCUGGAUAUGAAGGAAUGAACAACAUUACCGGCGAGUUUCUUAUGUGGACAGGGUCUGUUCGUAUUACUCCUACCAUAGAGCUUCACAAUGUACUUUAUUUUAUGGACUUGGGAUUCGAUACUCCUCCUGGUGGUCAUUUUCUUCUGGGUGGCUUUGGUUAUUAG